AUGAGGGCCAAGAAACACAUCGUGGUAGGUGAUGGUGGGCGGAGAAGUGAUGAGAAAUCAGUUUCAAGUGUUUACAGUUUCAAGAGGGCAAUUUGGUUGACCGUUGGCGAGAUUAGAAGGUGCCACUCUGUUUCUGCUUCAGCCAACCCCCUUUUCACUGUCAUGACAACGUUUGGCGUGGUUACAGCAACAGAGUUGACUAAAAUAGAAAGAGAUCUGUUACCAUAGAGACCCUAUUAAAUUACUAGAGGGGCUGUGUAAUAAACCCUCAGUUCCAGAAAGGGGUGCAAAUGGCAGCCAUGCUCUGGAUAAGAGCGUCUGCUAAAUGACUAAAAUGUAAAUGUGAUUGUUGUUCCGGGAGAACUCCAAACCAGUCUAAUUGGAAUGAAUGGCAUUAGAGGCAUAAUUCUGAUUUUACUUAUGCAGGAAAAUAAAAGUAAGGCAUGUGAUAUCAGAAAUUGUGUAAUAGAAUUAUUGUCAACCUUUAAAAUAUUGUCAUAUAAUUAUAAAUAGUUUUUAUAAAGGUUUUAUACAAAGGUUCUGUAUAAAUAGCCUCUAAAAUAAAUGUAAACAGACCAUAAAUGUCUCAAUUUUAGUUUUCUUGGAAAGCUGCGAGUGCUAUUAUGUUAUCUAUACUUGUCUGUCCUAUCAUCAACUGAUUUCAGCCAGUGUAUGGCUGUGGAUUGUCUGCAUCGUUUCAAUGGAAUGUUGGCAUAUUGGCAGUUAAUUUGAAAAAUUAAUGGAAUCAUUCCUCUAAAACUGUCUGGCUAACAAACAUACAGUGCAGAUACAUUCUUCAAAUUCAUUAUUUUACACUAUCUUAUCGCAGCACUGGCAAACCAUGGUUGACCAUCUUCCUGACCAAAAUGGCUGACCUUUAUACCAUCAUAAGAAGGUUCAUAUUCAUUCUAGUUCAGGUGUAUUCUAAUUUCUAAUUCUAUAUCUGUUACCCUCGCUGGCUAGAGGGUAAUUAGUGUAGCACUAACUGGUAUACAUCUCUCUGGGUUUGAUGAGGUAGAGUAAAGCGGCACCUGGUAAAAACUAAACCCUGCAUCACUCCAGGACCAGGGUUACCUACCUUGUAGACUAGACUGAGGGAGGAACCUGUCUAUGGUUAACUAUGUGUGGUUGGCAGGAGGAGGCCAGUAUAUUAAUGUAUCACUGUUAGUGCCUUCAGAAAGUUUCCACACUCCUUGACCUUUUUCACAUUUUGCUGUGUUACAGCAUGAAUUUAAAAUGGAUUAAAUUGAGAUUUGUCACUGGCCUACACAAUAACCCAUAAUGUCAAUGUUUACAAAUUAAUUAACAAUGAAAAGCUGAAAUGUCUUAAGUCAAUAAGUAUUCAACCGCUUUAUGGCAAGCCUAAAUAAGUUCAGGAGUGAACAUGUGCUUAACAAGCCACAUACAGGAAGUUGCAUGAACUCACUCUGUGUGCAAUAAUAGUGUUUAACAUGAUUUUAUUGUAAUUAUUGGCAGAUGUUGCACAAUCCAGAUGUGGAAAGCUCUUCGAGACUUACCCAGAAAGACUCACAGCUGUAAUCGCUGCCAAAGGUGCUUCUGCAACAUAACUCAGGGGUGUGAAUGAUUAUGUAAAUGAGAUGUUUCAUUUUCAGUACAUUUGCAAAAAUGUCUAACAACUUUUUUUUCACUUUGUCAUUAUGGGGCAUUGUGUGUAGAUGGGUGAGAGAGAGAAAAAAAUCUGUCUCUAAUACAACAAAAUGUGGAAUAAGUCAAGGGGUAUGAAUACUUUCUGAAGGCACUGUACAAACUGAGGUUAGAGGUUGCAGGAGGGCAAAAGGCGAUAUCAGCAUGUCUUCAAGCAGCUGCCCUGAGCACACACACAGUGAGGACCAGUGUGUAAUGCUGGAUGUGUGUCUGCUGUAGAGGUUGGAGGAGAACGAGCGGAGAGCCCAGCAUACCUUAGACCAGCUGCAGAGGGAGCAGAGGCACCUGCAACGACGUCUGGAGCAGCUGGGGGUGGAGAGAACACGUAUGGACAGCACAGGAUCCACUCUCUCCUCCGACAAUCCUGACUCAGACCAGGGUGAGCACACGGGGGAAUCACUGAUCUGGGAUCAUAAUGCUUUUUGGUGGGGGUUUACAGUAUAACAUGUUUUUUUCUUCAUUCACCACACUAUAAUGCAAUCUCAUACAAUAUAAAGUUAUCCAUUCUCUUCCACCAAUCCUUCCACCCACUCUUACUGAUGGGGCCUUAUGUUAACCAAAGUUAUUGAGUUUGAAUAUGAGCACAAUAGAGACUGCAUUGGUCCUGAUUGUGGUACCUGCAUAAUAGUGACCUGUGUUGUGUGUUGCAGAGGAGGAGCUGGAUGUGGACGUGGAGGGGACUGACUACCUGCUGGGGGAUCUUGAGUGGAGCACCAGCAGUGUGAGUGACUCUGAUGAGCGGGGCAGCCUGCGCAGCAGCUGCAGUGAUGAGGGCUACUCCAGCGCCAGCCUGCGCCUACGCAUGCAGAACCAAAACACUCAGGAGAAGGCCAAGCAGCUGGGCUGCAGCCUAUAA